UUAGCCACCAUGUAGGAGCUGGGACUUGAACCCCAGUCCUCUGCAAAAGCAGCCAGUUCUUAUAAUGACUGAGUCCCAAGAUGCACUGUUUACAUGUAUGAAAUUGCCAAAGAAUGAAAAAUGCUUUUUUUCUUUUAAGUAUAGAUGCAAAGGUCUCCAGGAACUUCUUCAAAAUGAUAGAAUAAAGUAUCGAUGAAACUAGAAACCAGACUGGAUGAGAUCUGAUCAUGGUUGCAGCUGAGUGCGGGGCUCUUUAUAGCAUUCUGCCUAACUUUGCAAGCUGAACUGCGGAACUAUAAAAUGGGCCGCCCUUCCAGGAGGAAGCCCCGCCCACUGGGCCAGGAGGCCCCGCCCCUGCCUGGCCGCCAAUCUCAACUGCUCCUACGGACUUCCAAUCCAUGGUGUCUUCAAACUUUCUCUUCUUUUCUGAGGAAUACGUUGCCUCCAACAUCCUAAGUCGCGCGCUCUCUGUUCUUCCUCAGGCCCUGCACACUGCUCAGAGCCUCAAGAAGUUAACCACUGCUUCCGGCCCGACUUCCCCCAUGUUUGCUGACGGUUUGGGAAAUGACCCUUGACUCUAGAAGAACAUUUUUCAUGAUAAGAUGGCAGUUGUGAAACCCCCAAGGCAGGAACUAAAGAAUGCGGAAGAACCCUUUGAGAAGGUAUCGCCCCUCCUCUUGAAGAGCCUAGUAGAAGAGCCCAAGAAAAGAGCUGAAGUGCCUAACCACCUCCUGGAAUCCAAGGUUUAUGCCAAGCUUUUGAAUAAUAAGGUCAUCCAGGCAAGACCCGGCAUAGUCCAUUUUGGAGGCUAUGAAAUAGAAAAACAGCAUCAACAGAUUCUGUACUUGGCUAAUAUUUCAGAUGAAGACACGGCUGUUCAUAUUUUACCCCCACAAACCAAAUACUUUCAGAUUGCCUAUGAGAAAAAGGAACACCGUCUCAUCCCUGGCUUGUCUCUCAUGAUCACUGUUAAAUUUUCUCCAGAUGAGUGGCGGUACUAUUAUGACUGCAUUCGCAUUCACUGUAAGGGAGAUGACACCUUGCUUAUUCCCAUCCAUGCCUACCCUGUUUUGAACAACCUGGACUUUCCCACAUUUAUAAAUCUGUCUGAUGUCCCCCUUGGGGAGAGCAAAAGCUAUGUGAUUCCCUUGGAGUGCAGCUGUCCUGUGGAUUUUGAAUUUCACAUCACUUUGCUUCAGUCUCACCAGGCCUUUAUAAUUGAGCCCAAUUCAGGAAUAAUUCCAGCUAAUGGGAAGGCAAAAGUAACUGUCAAGUUCACACCCAUCCAGUACGGGCCAGCACAAAUCAAAAUUCAAUUGUGGAUCUCACAGUUCAACUCCCAGCCGUAUGAAUGUGUCUUCACUGGAACAUGCCACCCCAACAUGGCCCUGCCAUUAGAAGAGUUUAACAAAUUGAAUACUCGUGCAAACAACUCAUCUCCAUACCUAUUUGGUCCUUAGGAAAUCGAGUACCAGAACCUGAGGUUUCCAGUAAAUCUGUCAAAUCCAUUUGCUGUGGCAACCGUUUUAAACCAAGAACCUGGAAAAUUGAAGAUUAAAGAAUUAAAACAAGUCCUGGACCAGAGUGACGAAAUUUCCAAAACAAGACAGAUGAAGGAGGCGCUCUUUGAACAGAAAGUAAGGCAGAACAUCCAGGAAGAGAGCCAGAAUCAGCUCAAGUGGCAGGUGCACCUUGGUAAAGAUCAUAUAUCACUUAAAUUUAGAAAAGAUCUCGCUGAGGAGUGGCACAAAGCACACGAGAAAUACAAGCUAGACCGAGGAGAUCCUAUUUUGGAUGAAGAGUUUCAACGACUCAAGACAGACAGGACCAAUAAGCGGAUUGUUCGAGAGUUGGAUGAGAAAAGCCAGGAGUUUCAUCCUAAUUUUGAUCCACUCAUUAAUAAUAUGUGGCUCAACAGAUUCAGGGCACAAAGACGGUUCCAACAAGUAGCACGCAAGGUCAUGGUUAAACGACGGUUACUCAUUAUGCUUGAGGCUAUCCGUGAAAUGGACAAGGAAGGAAUAAUGAGAAAGCUCAUUCAAACCAAGAAAUCUCUAAUACAAGAGAAGAAUCCCUUCCAAUACCUUCGGUCCCGAGUAAGUCAGGAGUAUUACCCGUGCCGCUUCUCAGUAUUGCCUGAGGAAGUCCUGCCCUUUGCCUUCCCAUCCUACAACACUUCUCAGAGCUACAACGAGUUGGCUCUUGAUGGCCUUGGAAUGGUCCCAAUUAAACCAUUAGACAUUCAAAUCAGGCACAGUUAUUCCUUCUUCAAUUUGAAGGUUCCUCAGCUCUACAAAAUCAAAGGAUAUAGAGCAUUCUCUGUCAACCAGUCUUCAAAAACUUACAGACCUCAUAAGCUUGCUCGAGCCCUGAAGCAAGGGGCUGAGGAUGAAGUCACCACCAUCAUAGCCCUGCCCAAAGAAGAUGCCACACAACUCUCUGCCAAGCCCUCCAUCUUGAGUAUGAAACCACCAGAGGGCUUAGCCAUGUCUGUAGAAUAUGAUCCACUGUAUGUUUUUAAUCCCAGCCCAGGACUGUUUGCUGUGAAGCAUCCUCUGGCUUAUGCAGAAACGCUAAUAGAUUACCACCUGUGCUCUCACCCCAAGUACAAGUUCACCCAAGAGACCCACCUAGGAUCCAGCAUUCCCCUCACCCAAAAGCAGUUUCUCCAUCAUACGGACAUAAUUCCUGGAAUCAUGAACUGGAAGACGUUCCAGUCCCAGGUGUUCUCCUCCUUGCCUGACCCCUCUAAGCUGGAGACUGCCCAGAGAAGUGAUUGCUACAGUUCAGUUCUGCUGCCUGUAGAUGUCCCUGCCCCUCUGAACGCCCUACCGGAGGAAGACAGACUGGAAACUACUGAGCGAGAGCUCUGUGAGCAGAGCAUAGAAGUCCUGCUAACUCCAGAAAUGAUCCAAGUGGAGUUCCCCAUGAGCAACAAAGAAGCCAAGAAGGAGAAGGAUGUCAAAGACCCAAUCCAGCCAGCAGGGAAGAUGGGAGAAAAGGUGCUUGAGGAGAUGAAGAAUCUGCGGAACAAGGCUCUCAACACAUACUUGAUUCUAGAGUAAAAACCACAGUGGGUCAGUUGCCUUUGUUUGCCUUUGCACAUCACUGGGGCCCUCUGAAUCCAUUUACA